AUCCUAGAUAAUGUGUUACUGUUGGUGGUAGUGGAGGACCAGGAUUGGUUAACACUGCUCUACACUAUCCUAGAUAAUGUGUUACUGUUGGGGGUAGUGGAGGACCAGGAUUGGUUAACACUGCUCUACACUCUCCUAGAUAAUGUGUUACUGGUGUAGAGAGGAGUAGGAUUGGUUAACACUGCUCUACACUCUCCUAGAUAAUGUGUUACUGGUGUAGAGAGGAGUAGGAAGGAUGCAGUCUCAGGUUUGGAAAGACUGAAUUUAUUUCAGCACCAACAGAUCAAAGCGGAACAAAACCCAAACGUUGUUGUGCUCAACUGAUAUCUUCAUAAACAAAAAGGCCCAGGGUGAACUAUAUAAAGUACUCAGGAAAUAGUAGGAGAGAUUCCUCUCAGGAAAACAAGUAACAUUUACAAAUGACCGACAAAAAGACAAAUGUCAGAGGGAGUGUAUAUAUACAGUGAUAGAGGGGCGAUUGGAACCAGGUGUGUGUAAUGAUGACGAGACAAGUCCGGGAGUUGAUGAGUGAAGGGCGUUGGACAGCAGUAGGUUCGGCAGCAGCUAGAAGGCCGGGGGUUGAUGAGUGAAGGGCGUUUGACAGCAGUAGGUUCGGCAGCAGCUAGAAGGCCGGGGGUUGAUGAGUGAAGGGCGUUUGACAGCAGUAGGUUCGGCAGCAGCUAGAAGGCCGGGGGUUGAUGAGUGAAGGGCGUUUGACAGCAGUAGGUUCGGCAGCAGCUAGAAGGCCGGGGGUUGAUGAGUGAAGGGCGUUUGACAGCAGUAGGUUCGGCAGCAGCUAGAAGGCCGGGGGUUGAUGAGUGAAGGGCGUUUGACAGCAGUAGGUUCGGCAGCAGCUAGAAGGCCGGCAACGCUGAACGCCUAAACUGGACAGGAGGGGGAGCCAAAGCGAAGUCUGGUGUGACAUAAUGAGAGAGAACCAAUAGAAUAUUUAAUAUAUUUUCUCAAAUUCCGUUUUCUCCGUUUAGUAAUUUUCCAGGUUUCUGAUUUGUUUCUGUUUUUCAGUUUUUCGCUCUCAAAAUCACAUUGUUAAUAGAAAAACAACAAAAGGAGACCACUUUUGUCGCCUGAGAAAAAUCUAAGACAUUUUCAUUUUUGGGUGUAGAUACCCUUUAAUUCAAGUGGCACCAGCAAGAGCCUUGCUUGGUUAGUGGUGUCUCUGUAGCACACAUGUGAUUGCAGAGUUUGCUGAACAAAUCACAACUGGAUUGAUGCAAAUAAUCAUGAUAUCAUUCUGCCAGGUAGGCAUAGACUACUUUGUAGUUGACAUUUAAUUGAAAAGGUUUGUGGGAAAACUUGACUUAAAUGUAAAUGUAAAACUUUUCCAUCAACCAGAAGAUGGUUGUCAUUAGCAUCAUCGCUAAAAACUACACAUAGUGGUAGACAAAUGGACUCAGACAGGGGCAUUUCCUGGCUGUUUCCUCUUCAGAAAGUUGAAGGAAAAUACAAAUCACUGAGGUGAAUUUAAAAACGACUUGCAGGCAGUGGGUUAAAAAUAACUAUGACAAAAAAUGAAUACAAAUUAUACCACCACCCAAAAGGGCACUUUAGAGACAGGAAGGGCAAAGGGGCAUGUGCUCUACACAGGUAGAGUCCUAUCUGUCCAUGUUGCCUUUUGCAAAGUGGGCACUGCUUUAUGUGCUAACACUCACCUAAAUAUCCCAUAUGCCACUGGGUGAGAAGUUUUCAUUGUUUUUGGGCAGAAUUAUGUGAGGUGUUGUUAGCGAUGAGCCUUGGUCAAUUUGACGAGGAUGGCAUAUUCCAAGCUAAUGUCGCCCUCUUUAAUCUGUCACCUAAUGGGCAGGUCAGCCCUGGAGGAACGUUUUGGCUCUAAGAAGUAAGUUAACAUAACAUCUGGUCGUUUUUAAAUUACUUUUUUUGACAUUGCUUUAUUUUUGUUCCAAUCUGUGUUACCCACUCCAGUCAGCAGAUGGCAAUGUGAGUUUUUCAGGUAAUGCUUCUUGCGUGACGUAUAAUUUAAUGGACGGGGCGGGAGGCUUCUUCAACAGCGACAAAAGGCCUCUGAUUCAACCAACGCGGUGGUUUGCUAGCGAAGAUAAAACAGGAGCAUUUAAGCUCUUUAGACUAAUCCUGUGUAUAUUAUAUUAUAUGGUGUUUAGAACACAAUUCUGUUUACGUAUCUAAUAGUUCAUUUUAACGUAAUUUGCUUCUUAAAUUAGGGAAUGUGUUAACUUCAUACUGCACUAGGCUAAUCGCCCAGAGCAUGAGCUCACUAAACUAGACGGAGAAAAUAAGUUCUGGUGAAAGGAGAGGAAGAAGCUUCAGAAUGAAAAAGGAGGAAGAUGCCGUAAUAUUGAAGGAGGAGAAUGUAGUGAAAGACGAGGAAGAACCUUUUGGAGUAAAAGAGGAAGAGGAGGCUAUCUCAAUAAAAGAGGAGGAAGACGUUUUAGGAGUGAAAAGGGAGGAGGAGGAGUCAGAAUAUCCGAUUACCAUCAGAGAGAGAUGUGACUAUCAUGGAUUCUCUGGGGAGCCUCAACAACAUCCUGAUGCUGACGAGGCAGAGAAGAGUCUCUCCAGAACAGAACACCAGAUGGACAACGCUAGCCCUUCCUCCCUCCCGGAGUCCCCGUGUCGUGCCUCUCCCGGUAGCGCCUUACUGCUGGGUAUGAAGAGGUUGUCUGUGCUGCUGGUGGACUGCAGGAAAACAACAGGGCUGAGUGGAACUGUGAGAGGAGGAGAAGAGAAGAAAGGAUCAGAUUUGACACAUCAAAUGUCUUUGGCAGGAGAAAGACCAGACUCAGAGGAACCAGAGCCAGGGACGUCCAAACCAGCAAGACGACACCAGUGCUCCCACUUUAGAAAGGGUUGUAACCGGUUAUGGAACCUGAAACAACACGAGAAAAUACACACAAAGGAGAAGCCUUACCACUGCUCCCAGUGUGGAAAGAGUUUUAAGCUUUUAGGAACCCUUAAAGCCCACGAGAGAAUACACACAGGGGAGAAGCCUUACCACUGCGCCCAGUGUGGAAAGAGUUUCAAACGGCCUUGUCAUCUGAAACAACAUGACAGAAUACACACAGGGGAGAAGCCUUACCACUGCUCCCAGUGUGGACAGUGUUUCAAGCGGUCAGGGGAGCUGAAACGACAUGACAGAAUACACACAGGGGAGAAGCCUUACCACUGCUUCCAGUGUGGAAAGUGUUUCAGCAGUUCAGGGGAGCUGAAACGACAUGAGAGAAUACACACUGGGGAGAAGCCUUACCACUGCUCCCAGUGUGGACAGUGUUUCAGCCAGAAAGGAAAGCUGAACCAACACGAGAGAAUACACACAGGGGAGAAGCCUUACCACUGCUCCCAAUGUGGAAAGAGUUUUAAUGUGUUAGAAACCCUUAAAGCUCACGGAAAUAUACACACCGGGGAGAAGCCUUACCACUGCUCCCAGUGUGGAAAGUGUUUCAGCAGAUCAGGGGAGCUGAAACGACAUGAGAGAAUACACACAGGGGAGAAGCCUUACCACUGCUCCCAGUGUGGACAGUGUUUCAGCCGGAAAGGACACCUGAACCAACACGAGAGAAUACACACAGAGGAGAAGCCUUACCACUGCUCCCAGUGUGGAAAGAGUUUCAAACGGCCUUGUCAUCUGAAACAACACGAGAGAAUACACACAGGGGAGAAGCCUUACCACUGCUCCCAGUGUGGAAAGUGUUUCAGCCGUUCAGGGGAGCUGAAACGACAUGAGAGAAUACACAAAGGGGAGAAGCCUUACCACUGCUCCCAGUGUGGAAAGAGUUUUAAGGUGUUAGGAACCCUUAAAGCUCAUGAGAGAAUACACACAGGGGAGAAGCCUUACCACUGCUCCCAGUGUGGAAAGAGUUUUAAGGUGUUAGAAACCCUUAAAGCUCAUGAGAGAAUACACACAGGGGAGAAGCCUUACCACUGCUCCCAGUGUGGAAAGUGUUUCCGCCGUUCAGGGGAGCUGAAACAACAUGAGAGAAUACACACCGGGGAGAAGCCUUACCACUGCUCCCAGUGUGGAAAGAGUUUUGUGCUUUUAGGAACCCUUAAAGCUCACGAGAGAAUUCACACAGGAGAGAAGUAUUACCACUGCUGCAUUUGUGGAAAGAGUUUUAAUCAGAAAAGCAACCUGAACCAACACGAGAAAAUACACAGAGGGGAGAAGCCUUACCACUCCUCCCAGGGUGCAAAGUUUUUGCCCAUUUAGGAAGCCUGAAAGAACGCAUGAGACUACACACAGAGGAGAAGGCUUAGAAAUUGCUCAGACUGGGAAAACAUAUUACUCAUCACAGUCACUUAAACGUCAUGAGAGAAUCCACACAGAAGAGAAGAAUUACUUGUAUAUUGAUAUUUCACAUCACAUUGACUUAAAAUUCAUCAGAGAACAUACACAGUGCUCCCAUUGUCUUAUAUUGUUGACUGAUAAUGUGUUUACUUGUUUUUACCAUAUGAAAUUAUAUGGUACAAGGUAUACUCAAACAUAUAUUUGUUUGUUUUUAUUAGAAAACAUGAAUUUAAUAUGGAGUAUGUCAGUUUGAAUAUAAAGUAGAUCAGAUUCCAUGUGUUUAAAUGGUCCUUUUUAAAACUCUUUGUGUGUGUUUAUCUGGGUGUGUCAUUCCUCCAGCACUACAGAUAAUACAGUGAUAUUUGGAUGUGAUGCAUUUGUUCCAUUGUUUACAUUUGCAUUGUUGGCCCAGUGAUGAUUUAAUGAAAUUCAAAUAUUCAGACUGUAACGGAAAAUGUUAAUUGUAUGUGUGUCCACAUAACUGAUUAUGUGACUAACCUUGUGAAACUGUCCUAUUAUAAUCUCCUGUUCUUGGGAGUAUCUUCCUGUGUUGCAAACCAGCUGCACCUGCGUCCUUGUAUGAAUAAAGUCCCUCCCAGGAACAGGAAACUAUAAAGAUAUGUGCUCAUCACCCAAUGCUUCAGGAAUUCAGACUGUCUACACUGCGCUGUGUAACUCUGUUAUUCUCUCUGAGCUCAGAAAUAAAGAAUCUUGGUUUGA